AUCAGUAGCCCUCUGUUGACAGCUUAAUAGAAAAUGCAUUUGUUAGUUAAAGGAUUCAUCCUGUCUGGGAUCUCUGGUCUUGGCUGGAUGGGGUUAUUUCAACUGAGUAACUACCUUCUAACACACUAUUCCAAAGUCAAAAAUUGGAAAAUAUCUCAUCACCACAUCAUGAAUAUAUGUGAAGCUCUUGUGUCUGGCAUUCAGGCUAUAGUAUCUUCUGUGUGUGGGAUUAUUGUGGUUGCUUCAUGUCGCCAUGAUGUGAUGUGGGCUACAAACCUCUUAGCACCUUGGUAUGCAUGGAUUGGUGGCAGCUAUUUUGUGUAUGAUACUGUUGCAAUGUAUCAGGUUCACUUGGCAAGUUUGUCCAAAGUUCCAGUAUCUUUUAUGAAACGAAUUUCAAGCUACUUAAAAAGAAGAACACUGUUAGUUAUUCAUCAUGUUGUUGUGGCUACCGUCUUAUAUCCGGUAAUGGUGUAUCGAAGUGGUGUGGGUGACUUCUUUGUUGGGUGUUUUUACUGUGUGGAGUUCAGUGGCCCCUUUACCAACCUGCGAAUCAUUCUAAGUAGAACUGGUCUGAAAGAGACUCGAUGGUAUUUGGCAAAUGGACUAGCUAUGAUAAUAUCAUUUACACUCUGUCGGAUUCUGAUAUUUCCUUAUAUGUACAUGGCCUAUGGUGCCCAGUAUAACAUGCGAGUUUUGGAUGUGAUAAGGACAAUUCCACUGCAUUGCAAUGUGGGUUCCUUAAUAGUAUUCCUACCUCAAGUCCAUUGGCUGAGAUUGAUGAUUCUUGGGGCAAUCAAAAUGCUUAGAGGCAAGACUAUAUCUGAGGCUGAAGAGAAAAUUGACUGAGAGGGUAUGUAUCUUUCCAGACAACAUAAAUAUUGAAAACCACCUGAAAUGUUUAUGAAAAUUUGUGCGUAUCUGGAUAUUUUUUAUGAUAUUAUGUAUGAUAUUACUUUGUAAAUAUUUUGUAUAAAUUUUAUGUCCAUUUGUCUGCAUUGUUUGUUUUGUUUGUGUUGAUAUAUUAUGAAGACUUUUGUCAAGUAUUCAUCUCGAAUUGCAUUGGCAAAUGUAUACUUUUUAUAUAAUAGGCAAGGCAAUAUCUCUGAUAAUACAUGUUUGAAACCUUUUCAAAUAUACGUAAUUUAUUUUAUUAAUUGGACAGAAAAUUCUACUUUUUAUAUUUAUAUAUUCUAGCCUCAUUAGAGCAUUGUUACCUUUGGAAGCACCCUUUCUUGAGUAGGCAGCUAGACUGUUAUCUCUGGAAAUCCCCUUUUUGAGCAGGCAACUAGAUUGUUACCUCUGGAAACCCCCUUCCUUGAGCAGGCAGUUAGAUCGUUACCUCUGGAUAUCCCCUUCCUUGAGCAGGCAGUUAGAUUGUUACCUCUGGAAAUCCCCUUCCUUAAGCAGACAGCUAGAUUGUUACCUCUGGAAAGUCCCUUCCUUAAGCACACAGCUAGAUUGAAUCUCCUUCAGACAAUUCAGUUGAGCUCUUCUGAAGAAAAAUUUAAGACAUUUGUAAAUUAUAUGUUAAACAUUUAGAAAGAAUAAAACUAAGAAACAAAAGGCAACAGAAGCUUUUUUUUACAAUAUUGUGGUGUAGUUAUUACACAUUUUACAUGCUGAAUCAAAAAUAUUAAGCCCAUCUUUCCUGCCUCACUAUGUAUCCUUAUUAAUUUCUGCAUUUAAGCCUAUUACAAUAUCUCUAAUUAU